AUGGGAGAAUCGCGGAAAUCAAAAAGGGUUUCUUGGGCCACCGAUGUUAAUCUUUGUCAGGUAAGGCUGUUCCUCUCAGAAGACUCUCCUUCACAAGUUGGAAUGGGAACUCAUGACCAUCUCCAGGCAAAGCCAUUCCGGUCAGCACAGACAAGUGGCGUCGUGGGGCCCGAUGACAAUUUGCCCCCGGGCUUUGAAGGAAUCCAGCCUGCUAAUCCUUGGAUGGCAAAGAUGUCUCAAAUACCAUUGACCAAAUGGAAAUGCCCUCUUAGAUUUGCCAUUAAUAUUGCUUGGCAAGUGGUAACUGGUGAGGAGAGCGAAGAAAUUGAAAUUCAGAACAAACGUGAGAUGAGAGUGCUUGAAGCUAUUUAUCCACGCCUGUCGGCCAUCCCUCCAAACCCCUCUGUUUUGCCGGGAAUCCAAGAACCAACCAUCAACAAUCGACAAACCCCUGUGGUCCCCAUCACCCCAAUCGAGGAUGAAGACACCUCAAUCGACAGUAAUCUCGCGAUUGGUGGCAGUAGCAAUAGUGCUAUUUCCAUUAAUCCUCCAACCAAUGAAGUCGAGCCCGAGAUUCUGUCGGCCCUAGCGGCCGCCAUCUCAAACGGUACUAAUAAUAACAACAGUAAUCUGAUCGACCACAGCCUUCUCAUCAAGAUCCUCAGCGACCCCAAAAUGAUCGAGCACCUCAUGACCAGCCGCAGCAGUAAUUCCCAAAUUACCCUUCCACACACCGCAGAACAAAAUGCACCCCUUUCCAGCAUGCAUGGUAACGUGCCUUCCGCGAGCAGCAUGCAGUACGUUCCAAAUCCGAGGCCCCCACAAAACGGCCCGUUCAAUCCAGUCGAUCACGGCGUGGGCCCCAGGCAGGUGCUGCCCCAACCAGGCCCGUACUAUCCUCCGCGGGCCGUGCCUGAUGUGGGCCCGGGUCGAGGCCCACACCCGCCAGUGCCAAGGGAUGUGAACUAUUACAAGAGCCUGAUUCAGCAGCAUGGAGGGGAGAGGAAGGAGAGUGGAGUGGGCCCGGUGCCGUUUGGGCAUCAGGGUCAGCAGGAGCAUAUGGCGAGGCCCGGCAGGGAUAUGAAGCCCAAGAUAAUGAAGCCAUGCAUUUAUUUCAAUAGCUCAAAGGGAUGCAGGAAUGGGGCUGACUGCUCGUUUCAGCAUGAUGUGCCGGGUGGGCAGAGGGUGAGCGCUGGUGGUGUUCCGGAGGUUCAGAGUGGAAAGAGGGCGAAAUUUGAUAAAGAAAUUACAGCUCGUAGCCCCCAGUCCGCCGCCCCUCAGCGUUGGUCGCGAAUGAGGCAGGAGACUUUCCCCGCCCACCUGCUGCUUUGUUUGGGAGAGGGUCAACGGCGCCUACAGCUGCAUAGCCCUCUCUUGACCAAGUUUCUGGCCGCCGUCUCGUCGGUCUCAUGCUGGACGAUAGAAGGCUUUCUUGCUUCUAGUUCGUCGUCUUAUUUCAAGUAA